UAAGCAUAUCAUUUUCGAGAAUUUCGGCACAUCGAUCAAGCCAGAGAUAUCCAACAUUGUGGCUCGUCGAACAUACCAUGAGUUUCAAGAACAUCUCUGGAUACUAGGUCCCACUUUUCCCAGACACGUGUUACAACCUGCUUCUUCCUUUCAGGUUGCCUGCUUGUGAUUCUACCCAAUAAUCCUCUCCCUUUGACCUUUCCUUUGUACCACACUAGCAUAAAACUCACACUCAGAACUUCCAGAGGAGAGAAAGAAAAUGAAGAUCUUCAACUGGGUGCACAAGAGGUUUCAUCAUACCGUCCUCAAGGAUGGGCUUGCUGGAAACGUGAAAACAACUGAACUGGCUACAAAAAACACUGACAAGCAGGCGUUACUCAAACAAGUUGCUCUUGUUGAAGUGCUUGAUGGCUGGAAGGAUGGCAUUCUUACCAUUGGAACGUUGGGAUUCGACCCUCUAAAACCCUUCAACCAACGAAACGAAUAUUUGGUCUUGCAAAGCGAGGAAGAGGAUGAGAAGAAUGAAGAAGGUCAAUAUUCAAGUGAUGGCGGUGAUGAUACUGAAGAAAAUGUCGAACAUGAAGAACUGAAUCCAUUAAUGUCCACAACAUUUGCACACAGUUUUGAAGAUUUCGAAUCCAAUCCUGAUAAUGGCAACUUUGAUGGUGUUGAUGAUGUUCCUCUAACUCCAUUUAUGGGGUCUCCAGGACUCAAUGCUGAGUUGAACAGGGAUGGGGAGCAACAGAAAAAGAAAGGAGAAAGAAUAACGCUGGCUGAUCUUUUCUUGGCUGAUGCUGAUGUUGAAGGAGAAUUUGAUUUUGGAAAGGUCCCAAAUUCAGGUGAAAAGCCAGCUCUUAAAACAAAGAAUGGCCUCUCUUUUGCCAAGAAGUUUAUUCCUCGUGUAAAAGAGGAUUCACGUCCGAUCCAAAACUUGCAACGACUGAUGAAGAAGAUGUUGAAGAGGAAGAUCCAUCCAGAUUUUGAUGCAAAGAUGCAGAAAUCAGAUUGCCUGAAGCCUGGUACAAUAGGACCUGUUUCCAAUGGCAAACAUGGAGCCUCUGAGUUCGUCACUCUUCUUCCUACUCAAGGUGCUACAGUGGAUCUUUGAAUAAGGGCCUGGUUCCUAGAUAUUGUUCUUUUUUUCUUUUCUUUUCUUUUCUUUUUGGUGAUUGCUAUGAAAUAAUUUUUCAAGGACAGUAAUUUCUGAGGUUCUCUUGUAUAUGAACUGUUGGAGCAUGUAUUUCUCUUGUGCAACUUUCUUCAAUGUUUUAGGCUUCAGUGUAAGAUGGAAGUUUGGUUUGUCCCAUAACUGAUACACUAUGAUGGUUUAUGCUUUGAAAACUUGCAAGCAAUAGGAAUUCAAUGCAAACAAUUGCAUCUCUAUUGCAAAA